AUGGCGUCGUAUCUAUCGAAUCUGCCUUCUUUGGGGGAAUUCUUCCCGCCAACCCCAAGAGCAGCCAAGUUGGCGCUCGAUAUCUUUCGACUGUACAUCCCGGUCUCGAUUGCGCAAUGGACUCCUCUAGGUCGAUUACAAGCGAUGGGCAAAACAUCAUACGCUACUUCACGUUUUAAUCUUCCUGGACGCUACGCCUGGGCUGCAGCGGAAUUGGUCGGGCCCAUAAACCUGAUCUAUAUUUUGACAACUCUGCCUUCGAAGCUCAGACCUCCGCCAGAAGUGGCGACGAGAUCCUUAGUGCUGGGCCUACCUAUUCAGAACGUGAUCUUGGCCUGCCUCUAUCUUCUUCACUACGUCAACCGUGCUCUGGUCAGCCCGCUAUACCUCAAUCCAAGCAUGUCACCCAUCCACGUUUUCGUCACGAUUUUUAUGAUGGUUUUUCAGUUUACGAACUCGACGAGCAUUGCGACUUGGCUCGUAUACUCGGUACUGGACGUCGAGGCGGGAAGUCGACCCAUAGUCUCCUUCGGUUCGAUCAUUGGCGUCACAAUGUUUCUGCUGGGUCUCGCAGGCAACAUCUGGACAGAGACAAGGCUAUAUGAGAUGCGACGGGGAGCAGCCCGGCGGAAGGCGAAGGCGGAGGGAAAAGCAGUCGUCACUUACGACAAAGUAUAUGUGAUCCCACCAGUGGAGGGCUUCUUCAAGCACAUCUUGUACCCGCACUACGUUCUGGAAUGGUUGGAGUGGUCAGGAUACUGGCUUCUCGGAGGGAUAUGGGGGCUCGGAUGGGGCUCGAACAGCGCUGCAUUCUGGUUUCUGGUGUGCGAGAUCGCGACCAUGCUCCCUCGUGCUGUUACCGGACGGAAGUGGUACGAGGCAAAGUUUGGCAAACGAGCUGUUGGAGGCCGAGCAGCAGCCAUUCCUGGUCCGAUCAAGAUAUGA